AAAUGCAAAGUACUCCACUUCGGAAGCUGCACGCAGACAGAAUGGGAAUGCCCGCCUGGGACAGGGGGCUGUGGGAAGGGACCUGGGGGGGUCACAGUGCAGCUCAAGCUAAACAGGAGUCAAAGGUGCACGGCUGUCGCGAAAGAGGCGACCGUGACCCCGGGCCGCGUCAGCCGGCGUUUUGUUAGCAAGACCCGAGAGGCGUCUCCCGCUCGGCUCCGCGCGGAUUAGGCCUCAGCGGCGGAGGUGGCGGGACUGGAGAAAGCCCAGCGAGGGGCAACGCAGGAGCGGGAAGGCCGGGAGACCCGACCGGCGGGCGAGGCUGGAUCCCGGGUGCGCUCAGCCGGGGGAACCGCCUGAGCAGGGCCCGGCCGCCCGGACAGACCCGCCGCUGCCAGGAGCGGGGCGGUAGCGCGCCCUCGGUUUCGAACGGUGCUCGUCUGAUGCCCAAUAUGCUGAUUGGCGAAUGCCGGGAUCCCUGGAAGCAGUUCCGGGAAACCCCGCGUGUUGCCGGGGUCGCGCCGCCGUCCAUGAGGAGAGAGGAAGUGCGCGGGCGCCAUUUGCAGUCGCUGCUCAGGCCUCAGCCGCGCCGCGCAGGCCGCGCUCCGCAGCAUAAUAAAAUGGCUAAUCAGGUGAAUGGUAAUGCGGUACAGUUAAAAGAAGAGGAAGAACCAAUGGAUACUUCCAGUGUAACUCACACAGAACACUACAAGACACUGAUAGAGGCAGGCCUCCCACAGAAGGUGGCAGAGAGACUUGAUGAAAUAUUUCAGACAGGGUUGGUAGCUUAUGUCGAUCUUGAUGAGAGAGCAAUUGAUGCUCUUAGGGAAUUUAAUGAAGAAGGCGCCCUCUCUGUAUUACAGCAGUUUAAAGAAAGUGACCUGUCGCAUGUACAGAACAAAAGUGCAUUUUUAUGUGGAGUUAUGAAGACCUACAGGCAGAGAGAGAAACAAGGAAGCAAAGUACAAGAGUCAACAAAGGGACCAGAUGAAGCAAAGAUUAAGGCUUUGCUAGAGAGGACUGGUUAUACUCUGGAUGUGACCACUGGACAGAGGAAAUAUGGGGGCCCUCCUCCAGACACUGUCUAUUCAGGCAUUCAGCCUGGUAUUGGAACAGAGGUUUUUGUUGGCAAGAUUCCCAGAGACUUGUAUGAGGAUGAAUUGGUGCCACUCUUUGAGAAGGCAGGCCCAAUUUGGGAUCUGCGCCUCAUGAUGGAUCCUCUGUCUGGUCAGAACAGAGGUUAUGCUUUUAUUACCUUCUGUGGCAAGGACUCAGCACAAGAAGCAGUCAAACUGUGUGACAACUAUGAAAUCCGUCCUGGGAAACACCUUGGAGUGUGCAUCUCUGUGGCGAACAACAGACUGUUUGUUGGAUCAAUUCCAAAGAACAAGACCAAGGAAAACAUUUUGGAAGAGUUCAGUAAAGUCACAGAGGGUUUGGUGGAUGUAAUCCUUUAUCAUCAACCUGAUGAUAAGAAAAAGAACCGGGGAUUCUGCUUCCUGGAAUAUGAAGAUCACAAGUCUGCAGCACAAGCUCGACGUCGGUUGAUGAGUGGGAAAGUAAAAGUCUGGGGAAAUGUUGUGACUGUGGAAUGGGCUGACCCUGUAGAGGAACCAGAUCCAGAAGUCAUGGCAAAGGUGAAAGUUUUGUUUGUGAGGAACUUAGCCACUACAGUGACAGAAGAAAUCCUAGAAAAAUCCUUUUCAGAGUUUGGAAAGCUGGAAAGAGUGAAGAAAUUAAAGGAUUAUGCUUUUGUUCACUUUGAGGAUAGAGGUGCGGCAGUAAAGGCCAUGAAUGAAAUGAAUGGAAAAGAGAUAGAGGGGGAAGAAAUUGAAAUAGUGUUAGCCAAACCACCAGAUAAGAAAAGGAAAGAACGCCAGGCUGCCAGACAAGCCUCCAGAAGCACUGCGUAUGAAGACUAUUAUUACUACCCUCCACCUCGUAUGCCACCUCCUAUUAGAGGCAGAGGUCGUGGAGGGAGAGGUGGAUAUGGCUAUCCCCCAGAUUACUAUGGCUAUGAAGAUUAUUAUGAUGAUUAUUAUGGUUACGACUAUCAUGACUACCGUGGUGGCUAUGAAGAUCCCUAUUAUGGCUAUGAUGAUGGCUAUGCUAUAAGAGGAAGAGGAGGAGGAAGGGGUGGGAGAGGUGCUCCACCACCACCUAGGGGGCGGGGAGCACCACCACCAAGAGGUAGAGCUGGCUAUUCACAGAGGGGGGCACCCAUGGGACCACCAAGAGGAGCCAGGGGUGGGAGAGGGGGUCCUGCACAACAGCAGAGAGGACGUGGUGCUCGUGGAGCCAGGGGCAACCGUGGGGGCAACGUAGGAGGCAAGAGAAAGGCAGAUGGGUACAACCAACCUGAUUCCAAGCGCCGCCAGACCAACAACCAGCAGAACUGGGGCUCCCAACCCAUCGCUCAGCAGCCGCUCCAGCAAGGUGGUGACUAUGCCGGUAACUAUGGUUACAAUAAUGACAACCAGGAAUUUUAUCAGGAUACUUAUGGGCAACAGUGGAAGUAGACAAGUGAGGAGGGCUUGAGAAUGAUAUUGGCAACAUAGAAUUGGCUAUAGCUCUACAUCCUUAAAAAAAAAAAAAAAAAAAAAAAAAAAAAAUUGGCUUAAUGUUUCAUCUUUCAGUAGCAAUUGGCUGCCAUUUGUAUUGGGCUGAAGAAUCACUCUAUUGUGUAUAUAUUCGAGUCUUUUAUUUUCCUUUUUCAUAAACGCACUUGGACAUUAUUGGGCUUGCAGAAUUCCCAAACUCCAUUUGGGGUUUCAGUGCUUUUAUUGUUUUAGGCUUCAUUUUAGCAGUUUAAAAGCAGGAUGGGCACACUGUUCAAUCAUGAUUUUGCAGAACCUCUGGUUUUGGACAGUUUCCUUUUUCGGAUUUUGGGUAGACUACAAUAGGAGUAUGCUGUACAUAAAAGUAAAAGCUAGUGCUUUGUCUUAGUAGUUUUAAGAAAUUAAAACAAAAAAAAUUAAGAUUUCUUGUAUUGAAAAUAACAUGAUUGUAUGUUUUGCAUUCCUAGAAGUAGGUUAACUGUGUUUUUAAAUUGUUAUAACUUCACACCUUUUUGAAAAUCUGCCCUACAAAAUUUGUUUGGCUUAAACGUCAAAGCCGUGGCAAUUUGUUCCUUGAUGUGAUUGUAUUUCCAAUUUCUUGUUCAUGUAAGAUUUCAAUAAAACUCAAAAAUCUAUUCAAAACAUUACCUAUUUCAAAUUCAAUUGUGUCCUAAAACAUUAUUUCAUUGGUAAUUCUUGGAAGAAACAUUGUUUUCAAAGUAUAACUGCCUAUGUGAGUGAUCAAAUUCAUUCAAAUUUCUUGUGCUUUCCAACAUAUAGCAUUGUGGACAUCAGACUGAAAGCUAGGCAAAAUUACAAAUAGUCCAAAGGGGGGCACUGUUAUUUAAUUGGUGUUCUAUAACCUAAUCACAUCUAGUUCUGAUGCUUACUACUUUGCUUUUUAAAAGGGGUCAAAUGCAUCUGAAUGUUCUUGCAGAGCUUAACAGUUAUUAAUUUUAAUUAUCUCAUUUGGAGAAGGAAUUUGGAGACUGCAAUUUUUUAGCCCCUGUUCCUUUUUGUUACUAUUAUGUAUUGUGGGGGCCUCUAGCAGCCCCAAAAUAGGUAUCUGUCCUUUUUGUACUAUAUGGUAUACAAACAUGUAGGAAGACAGUCUCUGUCCCAAGAAUCUUAGUUUAGGUGAAAUGGUUAAAUUUGUUUGUGCUAAUGUUUAUGACAAGGUCGAGACUUGUAAGUUAAAGUGCUGUGGCAAUAUAGACUGAGUUUGCUACAGACAACACAAACAUGUUCUCUACAUUCUGCUUAAUUCCGUCGCUGGCAUUUCAGUGAUCUGCCAUGGUGAACAGUUUGCCUUAGAAUUUUCAUACCUUUUAAUAAAGGCUUAAAUUUAAAAAAAUGCUAGUCACCAUCUUUCUGGGUGAUUACUAGCUAUGUUUUUUGGAGUAUUCUGUAUCUGUUGGGCUAUGCUGUUACCCCAGUGAACACUUCUUUUUCAAGAAAGAAAAACAAAAGGAUUAAAACUUCUGUUACCAAAAAAAAAAAAAAAUCAUUCCCAGACCUUCAGAAUGUCCAAAUUAACACUCUCCCUCAGAUAUGUUGAUCAAACUAUAUUGCACAAAUUGUUGGGGACAUUAAACUUCAGUGGGCACACGUUCCCUUUGCCUCUCGGUGCUGUUUGGUGUCUUUCAUAACAAUUGUAUUAGAUCAGAAUAUAGAGACUAUUUCUUCCCUCACAUACCGUUUUUGUUUUUUGUGAGUCUCGUAGACAUUUGCAUGGGUUUUAUGGCUUCUGACCUGACUGAACUGGAGUGAGAAAAUGUAUACCUGCUUCUCAAAAUGAGUUUUCCCUUUGUGUCAAUGUACUAACUUAAAGGGUACAGAUCCAAUGAAAACAUCAGCCAUGCAACAGUCCAUAAAGCAUUUUUUAACUUUCAUUCUAGUCAUGGUAUGCCAGUUUAAAAAAAACCAAACCAUACAAACCUGCCUUAAAUCAUUGGGCCAAAUCCUGUAGUCCUUAUUCAAGCAGUGAAAUCAGUGGGAGUAUGGCCUAUGUAAGGGUUGCAGGUUUUUGCUUGUGGUGACUGUCUUUUGUAAUUCUAUUAAUACAUGAGCAUACAUCUUAACCUCUUCUAUCAGAGUCUGGCUUCAUAGUAGUUAAAGGUUUCAGAGUAGCAGCCGUGUUAGUCUGUAUUCGCAAAAGAAAAAGGAGUACGAGUGGCACCUUAGACUAAAAAAGUAGUUAAAGUAAUUGUCAUGAAAAGAUGUAUCUCUUUGUGGUAACCAAACAAAAUCCCACAUCCCCAAAUAGUAUUUUCAUUUUAGUAAAUUAUAAAGAUGCGGGGGAGGAAAUCUGGUAUAGAUUAAACUAAACUGGAAUCAAAUUAAAGUACUGCCUUCCCUCCCUGGAAGGAACAGAACUUUUACUUAAUGGUCAGUUCAGACUGCUUAGAGACCCUUGACAGAGGGAAAGUGUCAAAAUGUUUGUUUAUGGGGACAAAGGCUAAAGUUACUCUAAUAUAAUCUGUUACAAAAAAUAGCAAGGAACAGAAAUAACGUUAAAACUGUUUGCCUGAACUACAAAGCUGCAUCUUUGGAUACCUUUACACCAAAAUACAAGUUAUUCUAAUGCUUUGAUAGACAUUGGAAGUGAAGUAAUCUGUUUUGCACAAAUUGAAAAUGAAAUUCAGUUAAUUUUGAUACUUGCAAGAUUUACAAGCUGCAUUGAUUUCUUUAUGCAGCUUGUAGAUGCCCAAAUGCACCAGUUAAACCUUGCAAAAACUCUCUAAAUAAAACCCGUAUUUUUUAGAAGACUCUUCCCCAUAGCUUAGCGCAUCAGUGGUAUUAUACAUUGAAGUUAGAGAAAACUGCACCAAAAGAUAUUGCCAUAAAUAUACCAUAAUAAAAUGGAAGAACAUAGCAUGUUCAGUGACAGACACAAAGGAAGAAUUUUAUACCACCUUUCCAGUACCAUUUUGACAGAACCAAAUAGUAAAUAAAAUAAAAUUUAAAAAAAAAAAAUUACUCUUGCACAUCUGUGUCUUGACCUUUCCUUCUGCAUAAUUUGUUAGAAAAUAAUGUAUGGCAGGAUUUUUCAUCUUGAAAAUGGGUUUCACCUCACACACCCAUGUUUAAAUUCAAUCAUGCAAGUGUCCUUCUGGGGUUGGUGGGGGAGCCAUGAAAUGGGAUUCUUAUAAUUAUUUGAUCACUCAUUUAUAGCAGUUGCUUAAAUGUCUGCAUUGAUAUGAAGGUGUUUGACUUUAAAAAAAAAAAAUUAGGUUGCCAGAUUUCUAGUAAUUCCAAAACUUUUUGAGCAAAAAUGUUAACGCAGUUAUGUUCUGGUAGACUUAAUUUCACAUUGAAAAGGUUAAAUUCUUAAUUUUUAUUUUUAACAAUUCAUUAAGGUUAGUCUUCAUUUACAAAGAGCUAAAUGUCUUUUCUAGUACUAUAAUUUAUUCUAACAGGACUCAAUUUCAUUAUUAUAUAUUGAUACAAGAUGACAAUCUUUCAACAAGCAUACUGUUUAAGCAUUUUUUCAAAAUUCUUAAUCCAAAAGAACUAGGAGAUAGCCACAUGAAUGUGAUUUUGUAUUUAUAAACACCUGGUUAUAUUUUUGCCCCCUCUGCAUUUGGACCCCAUUAUCUAAGCCCAUUUGUUGUAUUUGAAUAAUAAAAUAUACAGUAAACACUCUUGCUAUAAGGCUAGUAAUAAAACAAAUGCAAAGUAUAGUGAGGGAAUGUUACACUUUAGUAUAGAAGUAGUACUACACUAAGCACCCAAUCCUGGAGUCCUAAUGCAAACAAAACCUCCUAUCAUUUCAACAGGAGUUGUUGCUUGGUGAAGUACUACAAGGUUGGGUUCUUACUGUUUCCUAUAUAUAGGUCAAAUCCUGAAAAUUUCCUAUCUGUAAUCUCUGCUCACCCAUUGAUUUAAAUAGAACAAUUUUGUGUGAGUAAGGCUACUUGCAUGACUACAGCUUACAAAAUUGGGCUCUCAAUCACUUGAGUGAACUAUUUGUGAGAGUGGCCAAGAGCCUUAUAGAAAGAGUGCGCUGGGUGAUGCGUGUUUUCCUGUUUCUCUUUUUAAAAAAAAUAAAUAAAUAAAUAAAAUAAAAAAAAAAUGGGAGCUUCUGUUAACUUAAGGCUUGUAUGAAGCUGCUUUGUGUGUAACGAAUUGGCUUACUUAAUCUGUCUGGACAAAGUCCACAGUGACAAACUGGUAUAUUUUAAUUUAGCAUCUAAAAUCUAUUGGGUAGAAAAGAGUAUCUUAAUCUUUAAAAUCAAAAUCUUGAUUGUAGUAUUUUUUUUUUUUUUUUUUUUUUAAAAGCAAAAGAUUACAUGGGCAAGGUGUAUCUGUCAAAUAACUGAGUAUCAGUCAGGAACCUGUGAAAUUUUAAAGUAGUUGAGUCCCUCUGGAGAAAUAUUUUAACAUCUUGUUUGGAGGUUACCAGAAGCUCUGAGUGACAAGUCAGAAUAUAUUGCAUCAUAUUUUCUGAUGUUAUCCAGAAACCUGUAAGUGUCACUUUCCUGUUUUAACUCCUUCCUUUUAUUACCUGACUAUCAGGGAAGCGUGGUUGAGGCUGCCCUGACCUGACAUGUCAUGAUGUCGACUUGCUAGGUGGGGUUCGCAGGGGACAUUAACCAUUGGAGUUGUCGUACGGAUUCAGACUGAAACUGCCACAUCUAGGGUGCUUGCACAAGGAAGAGGUUGAAAUGCUGGUGUGAUGUUCAUUGCUCCUACUCCUGCUGGUUCGUCCUGAAGUCCUGAAGUGAUAACUUGAGGCCCCUGGGAAAUAAAGAUAUUUCUUCCUGCAUUGUGGCUUUGGUUGUUAGGUGCUGCAGGUUCCUCUUUUCGCCUCUCCUUUUUAGCUGGACACUGCCACCCACUAUUUACCUAUCUUAGUCCAGUUCUGGACACAAUUAGCUGUGAUGGCUGAUAUUUUAAGGAAUUUGGGGUGCCUGGGGAAGGAUGGUAGAAGCUUGCACGCUAAACCUUGAUGUUUGCAGGUGAGAGGGGGAACCACAAAUGAAUGGCUAGUCAGUGAGCUUCAGAUUUGCUAAAACUGACCCUGCUAUUUCUCAAACGAAUAGUGUAUCUUACAAUGUUUUUCUACAAUCUUAAGAACAUAAUGUUGUAUCUUACAAUACUUCUUAAUUUUUACUUAAAUUAAUUUCUUAUUAUAAAGGUCCAGUUUCUUUGUUACCGUGCACUUUUUAUAGGAUAAGCACGAAGGUUGAUAUUUGAAUAAUUUGGUUAUCGCUGUACUAUCCAUUUCUUUUUAAACAGCAGUGUGCAGGCUUUUUUUAGAUGCAGUUAACUUUGAAGCUAAACUGGCCUGUUUGAUAGUAAGUGUUCACUGUUCUGUGUACUGAAUGUGCACUCUGUGCUAGUACAAUGUAAAAUGUUUUUCAUAUUGGCAACUCUCAUAAACAUAAAGUAGUUCACAAGGCUGUAGGAUACUGCAUGCAUGUAUCUAAACAACAGUCCUCUCUAACUCCUAUGCAUCUUACAAGGCCCUGAGGAACUGAACAUUUGGCUCAGCCUACUCUGAUUUUCUGUCCCCUUUUCACUAUGUUGGCCUCUUUGAAACGCAGCCUUCCUUAGCUGUACACUAUAUGAACUUGAUCAAAAAUCUCUGCAAAGGGUGCACCGUGUAUGACAUUCAAAGGGUCAUAAAUUAGGCAAAUCAAAACCAAUUUCACUGUUCCAGUCCAGGGUGCUUGCAGUGAAGACUCUCUCUGCCAAAUUUCAGCUUAAGAAAUGUUCCGGGGAAGAAAAGGGUUGCAAGACUCUUUGAUAAUGUAACGUGGGUUUUUUCAUUUCCUUUCACUAAACCUGAAAAUAUUCCAAAAGGUGAAAGUUUCCAAAAGUUAUGAGUAACAGAUCGCAAGGGGUUAAAACUGAAACUCUUAAGUAAUUUCAGCACUCCAGCUAUAGCAUUGGCGGCUGCUGCUUUUUUCUUUUUUUUUUCUUUUUUGCACCUUCUGUUUGAGGAUCUCAAGUAAUUUUAUAACAUGUUCAUUGAGUCUUACCCAGCUCACAGGAUGUUGUAUUAUCCAUCUUCUACAGACAAGGAAACUAAAUCAGGUAUUUUGUCCAGUUAUGAAUCAGGGACAGUGCUGGAAUACAAAUUAGGACUUCAGCUUGCAUUUCCCUGCUCUUACCACUUGACUAAAUUUCCUCUUUUUGAAGACAGCUCGACUAGGAAGUCAGUUGCAGAAUUCAUUAUGAAAUCAUUUAAUUAGUUAUGUUAAUUGAGAUGUAUUAUAGAAUCACUUGCAACUGGUGAAGGAAACCCCCAGAGGACACCGGAGACUUUAAUUCCUCCAAUUGGUUGAGUUUGCUGCCUGUCAAGAGCAAGAUCAACCCGUCAGGAAUGUGUGUGCUGGGACCCAGUUAACAGUGUCACCUGAAACUGAGAACAUUGCACUGUUGUGGCCGGCGUCGCAAGAUAUUUACAUUCCAGAUGUGCUAAAGAUUCAUAUGUCCCUUCAUGCUUCAGCCACCAUUCAAGGGGACAUGUGUCCAUGUUGAUGACGGGUUCUGCUCAAUAAUGUUCCAAUGCAGUGUGGACUGACGCAUGUUCAUUUUCAUCAUCUUGAGUCAGAUGCCAUCAGCAGAAGGUUGAUUUUUCUCUUUUGGUGGUUUGGAUUCUGUAGUUUCCGCAUCGGAGUGUUGCUCUUUUUAAGGUUUCUGAAACCAUGCUCCACACCUUGUCCCUCUGAGUUUGGAAGGCACUUCAGAUUCAUAAACCUUGGGUCGAGUGCUAUAGCAAUUUUAGAAAUCUCACAUUGGUAUCUUUUUUGAAUUUUGUCAAAUCUGCAGUGAAAGUGUUUUGUAGUGAGGCGGUGUGGCCUCCCUCUGAGCCAGGAAGGGAGGAACUACCCUCUGUGCCCAAGUGGGUGGAGCAAGGUCUGCCUCUCCCUCCACUGGAAUUGAGUAACAGGGGAAAGGAACUAUAAAGGGCGGGGCUUCCAGCUCAGUUGGAGCUGGAGACACGGAGGGAAGCAACGAAUCCUGCUCGCUCCUGGCUGCUGACUCUGCUGCUGAAACCCAGUGGUGCCCUGCCUGCCAGAGAACUUGCAUCUGCCAUGGACCUGCCGGGACUGCCAUUGGCCACCUCCCCAGAAGAGACUGAGGAUGCCCCGCUGAUCCAGGUAUACCCCGAGGGGAGGAAGAGGCCCCAGGGACAGCCACCUCAGUCGGGCUGUAGCUCUGCCUGAGGCAACGGUCACCAUGUUGCAGCUGGAAUCUCCGCUGAACCCAAUGGCGGACCACUCCACCACUGUUAGGUCCUGGGGUCGAGGUCUGGUGAAGUAGGGUGGGUGGGCCCGGACCCCACCUGUCACCUCACCCCCUGGGGUGGCAGCCUCUCCUCGCCAGAUCCAGAGGCCUUUGUUUGUCGGUUGUCUGCCGGAACUAGGACGUUUGACCCCUGGGGCUUUUGCUCUGGCUCUGCAUCAAAAGCCCGAGAGCUAAUUGACUACUGGGUUUGCUCUGUGCCUAAGAACCCAGAGCUUUAUUGACUCCUGGAUGUUCGCUCUGCCUCUGCAUCCAGAGCUCAGAGCUAAUUGACUGCUGGGUUUGCUGUGCUCCUGCUUAAAGCGCCCAGAACCCAUAUACUACUGGGUUUGCUUGGCCCCUGUUUAAAGGGUCCAGGGACUAAAGACUGUUGGCUGCUCUGGCCCUGGGCUAAGGGCCCCAGAGCAUAUGGACUCCUGGGAGGCCCUGUCUAUACCUAAGGGCUGGAGCCUGUUGACUUUUGGGGAUUUAGCCCUGUCUGGGAUGCUAACACCUAUUUGCUAGUUUUCCCCCAGAUACCAGGUGGUGAUCCCAAUGGCAUAGUGAGGCAGCAUGGCCUCCCUUUGACCCAGAAGGGGAGGGACGACCACUACAGUUCUUAAAACGAACAACGUGCUGGGUCAUCAUCUGAGACUGCUAUAACAUGAAAUAAAUGCAGGUAAAACACAGAACAGGAGACAUACAAUUCUCCCCCAAUGAGUUCAGUCACAACUUUCAUUAAUGUAUUGUUUUUUAAACGAGCAUCAUGAGCAUGGAAGCAUGUCCUCUGGAAUGGUGGCCAAAGCAUAAAGGGGCAUACGAAUGUUUAGCACAUCUGGCACGUAAAUACUUUGUGACACCGGUCUACAAAAGUGCCAUGUGAACACCUGGUCUCACUUUCAGGUGACUUAAAUAAGAAGUUGCAACAUUGUUUACAUUUACAGGAGAUAAAACUUGUUGGUCUUAGCAAUUGGCUGAACUAGAAGUAGGACUGAGUGGACUUGUAGGCUCUAAAUGUUUACAUUUUGUUUUUGAGUGUAUUAUGAAACAAAAUUAAGUUGUAAGUUGCACCUUUCAUGAUAGAGAUCGGCACUACUGUACUUGUGUGAGGUGAAUUGAAAAAUGAUUUUUUUGUUUAUUCAUUUUUAUAGUGCAAAUAUUUGUAAUCAGAAAUAAUAUAAAGUGAACACUAUACACUUUGUAUUCUGUGUUGUAACUGAAAUCAAUAUAUUUGAAAAUGUAGCAAACAUCCAAAAUAUUUAAUACAUUUCAAUUGGUAUUCUAUUUGUUUAACAAUGCAAUUAAAACUGCGAUUAAUCCCGAUUAAUUUUUUUUAGUUAAAUUGUGUGAGUAACUGUAAUCAACAGCCCUAAAAAUCAGCUUAUUUACAAAAGUAUUUUUUUAAAACCUUAAACCAGCAAGUCACUUUCCAUCUCUCCCCUAGUUUCCCACAUGUAAAUAGAGGUAAUGAUACUUAUGCUCAUUUCUAACCGUGCCUUGAGCUCUACUGGUGAAAACACUGGAUAAAAGCAGGAGUGCUAGUGUUGGUAUUACAGGCAGCAUGGAAUUUUUGACGUUGGAUUCCAUUUGAUGACAUACAUCCUCUUUCAAUAGAUGAUGGCUGCCAGCAGCAGUACGGCUGAGAUUUGUUCCAAAGGGACUCUAGUUUUGGUGCAUUUUUUCUUAGUGCUAUACUCUUGGUCAUGUGCAGCCCAUACGUGCCAUGUUGGGUGUUCAUUAUACAGGUGCUGAUUUAGCAAAUCACAGGCUUGACUUCAGACAUGUGGUUAACCUCAUCCAUAUUCAGCAAAACACUUAAGCAUGUGUCAAGUGAGUCCAGCGCAAUGUUGAAUCUGAUUGCAUUGCAUUUUGCUUAGGGCAACUUCUUUAAUACUGUUGUCAGAGCCACUAGAGUGGCAACAGAGAACUAAUGGAGUAUGCUAGAGGUGAUAAAGCAUCCCUUAUUUUCAAAGUAAAGCCACUGCUAGAAGCUUGAAUCAUUAGAGCUUAGAAUCAUUUUAAAAGGGUCUAAGUAAAAUUGCAUUUCCUAGCUACAGCACAGUGUCCCCUAACAAUCUGUUCAUCCACCUAUCUCCUGGCAAGGAAUCCCUCGAGUAAGCAGAGGUUGCUUGCUAACCCCAUGUACAGAGGUUCCCACUCUCAUAGGCCCAAUGUUUUUCUUAUGUCUUAAUGUGUCUAGACUUCGAGGGGUAUAUAUUUAAUAUUAAACUACUCACAUCAGCAGCUUAACUCUACAGAACAGAGCCAGCACAGCUCCCAGAGGUCCUUCAUCAGUGAUCCCUGUUUAAAAUAGUUACCAGAUAGAAUGAAUUGAAUAACAACCAAUGAGUAUUAGAAAACAGGCAAAUUGGGGGGACGGUGUGUAGAAAGGGGGAUGUGUAGUCUGCUUACUUGAAAAUCCUGCAAGCCAAGUCAUGCAGUGCCUAAAGUGGUAAGAUUAAAGACUUCUGUGAACUCCAUUCCCAUAUACUUGGACUUCUUCUGGUACGUACCUUUUGAGUGCAGUCCUGAAGGAGGAAAUGUAGCAACAAAUUGGAGGAUUCUAGGGUAUAGUCCCAACUGAAUCACUGUUUCAUGAUGUAUGUGACCAUGGCCAGAUGAUCGCUUUCUCGUAACUCAGCAUGUCCAGAUGGACAUUAGGGAAACACAGCAUAUUGUUUCACAGAGGAUCCUGCUUAUCUGACCUGAGCUUUCCUGGAGUGGCCUCCAGGAAGACAGUGAAAGUAUGCAACUCUGGAUUUCCUGAUGCUGUGUUAAAGGCAGAAUGCUUUGAUACCCCACCCCAAGAGUUUUAGGUACAAUAAACCACAGUAACAGGCCUGACUAGAAAGUUGAUACUUUCACUUUAUAAAUGUCUAAAUCAAGCUAAUAAAAUCUUCUAAAAUGACUUGUUUGCAUAAAAAUGAAAGUUUUGAAAUGGAGUAGCUGGUCCCGAGUAUCACUGGUAUCCGUAGUAGGUUCCAGGAGUCUUUUGGGAGGAAAGAAAGAGAGCAUGGUGGUAUCAGAGUGAAGUAUCACUAGUGUAAAUUAAAAUCUUCGUUUCUUCUCCUCUUGUGAAAGUUUGCCUCUGAUAGCUGCUGAGACCCAUGCCCAUCUUCCCUGCGCCUCAACCUCCUUGAAUGCAGGUGUGGAGGGAUGUUUGGAGGACAAGAUGGCAGUAGUGAUCUAUUGGUGGGGGGAAGCAAGACAUGGCUGGGAUCCCACAUUAGAUUUUAAGAAAGUAACUGAGUUGGGUUGUUCACAUAAACUAUUAAAGUGCCGAUAGUCUCAUAUCAACCCUGCCCUCUUACAUUGGUCCUAUACCUACAUGUCUUAUUUGCAUUAGUUUGUCCCAUUGGAAUGAAUGGAACUACUUGUAAAUAAAGAUCACAGGUCAGAUUUCUAAGGGGAUCUACAAAUAUGGCAAAAAUCUGUUGGCUAAUAAAAAUAUCCUGUUUCCUGGCUGAAAUCUGACCUUUCAAAAGUAUGACACAAACUGCUUGUCUGCAUGGCAACCAACAGAGUGGUAGUAUAUAAAUGAUGUAUCUGUAUACUUACUGCUUUAGUUUAAUCUGAUGUCUUAAUUCCUUCACCUGCCAACCAGGAGGCAUUUUACCGGCUUGAAGUGUGUGUGUACUAUCUUCUUUUUGCCAUCUCGGAUCUCUAACCAAGCAUCUGACAAUGAAUUAAUUCAAGUCUUGAGAGAGCAAAAAGUCAUUUUUUAUGACUUCAUAUUAAAAUUGUGUGGUAUCCUACAAUAAACUAGACACAGAAAACUGAAUAAGGCAAUAGAUCCAUCCCUGAGUUCUGCUGAUGGGAGCUUUGCUCUUUCUGACAGAGUAGUUGUCAGAAUUACCAGUGGGAGUUGUGGCUGUGUAGUAAUUCUGAAUUAGGAAUCAUUGCAGAUGGCAUUACUCAAAAGGACACUUCAAGUCGAUGCUUGGUAACUUACUGAAGGCUUCAGGGCACUAUAUCAAGAGUCCAGAGGCAAGCAACCCUAUAAAAUUUACAUAAUUUCUGCAUAAGCACAUCGGGAGAGUCAUGCCUCAUUCAAAAUGUAGAUGUUAAUUCACAAUAAACAUAUAGCCAGUAACAAUUACAAAUGGUCUUGAUUAACAAGUCUCUACUAGAGUUGUGUUAAAACCAGGAGAGUAUAACAAAAGUUAGAUAUUAACAAACAAACCAAAAAAAAAACCAAAAACCCUACUAGAUCAUCCGGUUCAUCUCCCUCAGGCUAGUGAAGGGUUGCUCUGUAGGACAUACUGUAUAUCAGAGAAAACUGUGAGGCUACUAAUAUUAAAGAUUUAACACCUAUUCCCUUCAGAGUAAAUUGCAUUAAUGGUUUAGUGGGUGGCCUUUCCUUCAGAGGAAGGAGAACCAGACAGUCUGAAUAUAGUCGAUCCACUGGGAAUGUGGAACAACCAUACAGCAUUUCUAAUGUCCCACUUCUGCUUCAGUAUCCUAGACCAAUUCUGUCUUUCACACCCAGAGGUGUGUUGGUACAAUCGCAGCAGCCAGUGGGGAAUGAAUAGGGUAGGGUAAGGAAUAAGAAUACACGGUCCAUAAUAGCAAAGAAAAAAAAUGCCUUUUUCCUUCUGGAUAAAUCAGCUGAAGCCAGGUAAUACUGACUGCUAGCAAUGAGGGAUAAAGGGGAGAGCUGAUGCUCACAAAUGGAGAUGCAGUCUAUUAGGGGAUAGGGUCAAACUUCAGAUUGGUUUUUACUUGUGACUAUUACAGUUUCUAAGGGGCACAUCUUUUCUACAGCAUGGAGUAUCCUGCUGGCAGUGGAUUCAGUGUUCCAUUGUUGCGGUGGUUUGAAAUGGAUUCCUAGUGUCUUUGCAUGGGAUGAUAUGUACCAUGGAGUACUGCUCUAUGCAGGAUUCUGAGACACCAAAGGAGAGUCAGGCCAGGGAUGGGGUCUGGAUCUGCAGUUACAUGGAUCUGCUGGCCAUUUCCUCAUCGAACAGGGUAGGCAUGUAUUCCAGCUAUAGAUGUGCUGACUGAUGGGGAGCAUCUGUAUUCCAUCCCCCUUGCAGGGACCUUCUUGCACCAAGUCUGUUUGCUAUGGCUUAGUGCAGGCAGGACACUUUGCCUUGAAAGCAUAGAGCCUUUGAUAGUAUUGGUCACGCAGAGAGAGCUCUUUGGAAAAAAGGACUGAGAUUUUUAGCUCCAAAUUAUAAUAAGGGGACUGAACUGUAGUGCCAAAGGCACCUGGAUACUUUGGACUACAUUCAGUUGUGAUAUACUGACAAUGACAUCUUCAUCAUAUGUGCAAAGUGGUGUGAUACCAGUGUAUGGUCCUUCUACUUCCCUGUGAUAUUAAAUUAUGUCCUAAUCACAGCUCAGUCAAUGAGCUGAAUGCUAUUUUGCUCCUUUCUGGAAGAAUGCAGACGCUGGUGUAAGGAAAGGAGAAGUGAAAAACCUUUUUGUUAUCUAUGUCCUAAUAUAAAAUAACUUUCCAUGACGAGUGGGGAUGGCCAUGUUAAUGACCUAUUAAAUGAGCAGAUGCUUUGCAAAUGGUUAACUAUCUCCCGUUCCAUUGAGAAACACCAGUCAGAAAUCUUCAAACUGUGUCCAGAUUUUUAAUUUAUUCAUGACAUUUUAGUAGUGUCUGUUUUUAAAUUGUCUUCUCUCCCAUGUUUACUAAUACAUUUUAGCCUCCCUCCCCUUAGGAUAUUCAUCAGAUGCUACAAAUCUAGAUGUAUGGUAAGUAAUGUUAGUUUUUCAUUCUCAUGUUUCCGAAGAGCAAACUGGACUCAAAUUACAGUGUAGUUUUGUGUGUUGUUUGUAUAUUCUCCCCAUUACUGUUUUUAGGCAUUCUUGAACCAUCUCAUCCAAAUAAUUGUUCUGUUCCUCUCCAUGUCAAUACAUUCGCCAUUUGAAAUCAGGCUAGAUCAGUUAAAUUGCAUCUUGGAUAAGCUUUGAAUUUAUAUUGAAAAACUUCUAAAAUAUUUUACAAUUAGAAUUUGCAUGUUUCAUUUGAAUAAUGUAACAUCAUUCUGGGAGGAACAUUGAGAUGCAGAAGCGGAAAUGUGAUUGGUAAUAUCACAGACAAUUUAAGCAGGCUUCCAAAAUGGGUAUAGUUUUCGUCUGCUUUAUGCUGCACUAAAUUGCUUCCCAAAAUAUAUGGCAUGACAUUUGUAAGCCACUCUCUUGGGGGGGUGUGUGUGUGUGUGUGCGUGUUUACUAAAGCACAAAUGUGUAAAUUUUAUUAGUGUUGUGUUCUGCAGUACAUUCAACAAGAACAAUUCAAUAACAGGGAAGCAGCUGCAGUGAAUCUCUGCUUACACCAGGCUUAACUUUGGUCCAGUAGCUCUUUAUUUAAAAUAGCCUGAGGUAGAAGGUUUAACUUGUGAUAAUGAAUUUGAUAUAUUUUGUCUUAAUUUCUCUAGUUUUGUGUAACAAUUGAGCUUUGUUGCACAUUAAUUUAGGAAACCAUGAUGUUCCAAUGCUAUGUUGUAGUAGUAAACUGACAGAAUGUGCUGUUUGGCUGAAUGCCUUCUGCCACCCAACAAGUCCACCAAAUAGCAGACUGUUUUUCACUCUAGGGUGGCUAAUUGCUAUUUAAACAUAAAUAUUGUGAGUCAUGUUCUAACAGUUUUACUUUUUGGUGGGUGAGAGGGUUUAUGCAAUAUAUCCUUCCACUUUGAAAACUAAUUCCUAGUGGAAGGAUAAAUGAAAGGUAGAGGAAGUUGUAUGCAUCUUCCAUUUAGUAUUUUGAAUGUUCCAUUCAUUUAAAAAUCUUUCUCCUUUUUAACUUUCUAGGUUGCCUGAAUUCUAUUAUCUAGGAGCCUAACCAUAGUUUUGUGGCUCACAGUCCUUGCUUUGUCAGAAAAAUUUAAGCUCCCAUUUACUAAUAUUAAAACUAAUUCUGUUUGCAAAUGUAGAAAAUUAAUUUUCUGGCACACAGAAGCACCUUCAGCAUCUAGCUAAUCUUUUUAAAGAGUUCACACUGUUAGUUCUUUAGUUGUGCAGGGUUCAGCCUUAAACAACUUUCUGUGGCAGGAAACUGGGGAACUAUUUCUGCUAUUGUAGAUUAUUUUUGCUUAAUUCCCUUCACUGGAAUGGUAAUGACUGGGAACUUCAGUGUGCACUUAUAAUGUAUCACUGGGGAGCUCACUCUCUACCAAUAAUACUGCAGUACUAGUGCAAGUGACUUAUGCCAUGCAGGAGGGGAUAGAAGGAAGGAGAAGGCAAAGUAGAGUGAAAACCCCACCACCCUCCUCAGCGAAGUACAGAGUUCAGCGACUGAGGAAGGCUCAGCUGCCUUACUGUGUGUCUGAUUAGGAUUGUGAGAGGGAAAGCAGAGCCAGAGUAAUUCCUGAUGUCUCUUUGUUCAUGACCACUUCCCUAAGACUUCCAUGCUUGAAGUAAAGCCUCCUGCCUGUGCAACACUCUGGCUUUGAACCUCCCGAAUAGUGAAGACACUAUUGCGUGGGCGCAGACCCUUGGAAGGAGAGAGUAGGUGAGAUCUUAGUGCUACUUUCCUCUUUGACAUGAACAUCCAUUAAAAGGGCAGGUGUUUUGCCUCUUUGGGCUCUGUUGGCUUGAUGUUAAGUCAGCUUUCCAGGUGGAGGUCUAAUAAACUGUUCGACAGCUCAAGUGUACUGACCCGUAUCAACCAAACCUUACCUACACGGUGAAGGGAGUGGGUAGAGUUCUACUGGAACUUCAGAACAAAGUGUUUCCUAUGAUUCCCUUUGUUUUUCUCUCCAGAUCUAACGUGGUUCUGACAGUAUGCGUAUUUGGAUCUUCCUGUGUGUUUUGAUCUUUAGCCCCUCUCUCUUUUUUUGCAUUUUUGAGGCCCAUAUUUUCUGGUUUAAACCUUUGCUCAUGUUCUGUUUUUCAGUUUGACCUAAGUUUUUUGGAUACAAAGUGGCUACAAAUAUGUUCUGCUUCCAAAACCAUUACUAAAUGACCCCCAUUUGUUCGUAACCUGCUCUCUUACGCUUUGUAAAGCAAACUAAAGGCCUGCGGUUCUGAGGAACUUACUUUCUGAUAGUGAUAGGAACUUCCUUUGCAACGGUCACUGAGCAAAAAUACUGAAAUAAGCAUAGAAAUGGAGGAGGAUAAAAACCAUCAAGGUGCACAGGUGACCCACCCUUUCAUUUUAGGGAAUACAUCUGCCUGUUUCUGAGGCAUGAUCCAUGCUCCAAGAGAAGAUAAACCUCUCCCCUCAGGCUCCUGCCACUCUAUCUUGCAGGAAACAUCUUCCUCAUUCCAGAAUUGUAAGAUUUUCAUGGUGGUACUUACUCAUGACUACAUAGUUAAGCAUCUGGUUCCAUUUAUAUCCAGAGAUACUAUUGGCUUCCAAGGAAUUCUUCUUUUUCCUAGAACCAUGAUAAGGUGGAUUUUGUCAGAAAAAUUCCAAAUUGAACCUUGUUUUUAAUUUCUAGGGGAUCCACAUGUUCUGCUGCUUGCAUUUAAUUCACAUUUAAUUCAUUUGAACCUCUAUCUGGGAUAUAGGUAGUACUUCUACUAAGCAAGAAAAAUCCCCCUGUCCUCCUCUGUAGCUUCCUGUCACCAAAAUAAGGUCAUUUAGAAGACCUUCUCCAAAUAUGUAUACAUCUCUGUGGAGACCACACAGCACUUAGAUACUAAAUAAAUAACUUUCUUUGUUUAUAAUACCCCCUCUGUUCCUCUUUUUUUCUCCAGUUAAACAAUGAACCAUCACACACUCCGCUGACAUUAGUAAAGUGAACUCAAAAUCCUUAUCCCUGUCAGUACAUUUCAUAAACAGAUUGCUUCACAACUGUUAGAUCCACAGUAUUGGAUUGCUCCCCUACAUUGCUCAGGUGUUACACAGCUUUGUGUGGGGGCAGGGCUGUUUGCAAAUUCUGGAACCCUUGUUCAGUCUGGAUUACAUCUUUGCUCUGCAUUGUGUAGCGAUGGGAGGACUGAGGCAGCACUGGUGGAUCUGUGACUCUGCAAAUCCAUCAGCCAUUGCUUUUUCCCAGAGUGAAAAAAGAGUGCAGAGUGACUUAGUGGGACGGAAUUGUGUGACUUGGCAAGCUCAUACUUCCCCAAAAUUCGACACACUGAAGUUUUCUCUGGUUGUCUUCAUCUUGCAGAGAAACGGCCCCAUGUUGUGAAUCACAGCUGCCAAGUAGUUCUUGAGGAAUCAUAAAAUUAAUUUCUGCAGAAUUGGUGAUCGUUCGGCCUAUUCACCCCUUGUGAUUAUACUGACUAGCUACAAGAUGUUCUGUCAGUAAAGUCAGUAAAUUAUGUUGUUGCCUGCUAUCUUUAAUUUUAGUGUCAUGGAUUGUGCUUGUCACUGAAAAUCCAUUCCACGGUAUUGAGUAAUGCUCUGCAGCUCAGGUGCCCCCUCAGCCUCCUGUGGUUCCACCGGGCUCAAUUGGAACUUUAAGGCUUUAUGGACAAUAGGGGAUUUAGCUAAAAUUUUUUACUGUUCAGUGUUUUAGUCCAACUGUAGUAGAGUCCGAUGCCACCAAACCCCAGUCUACAGUAGGGCUCCCAUCAGUGCAGCUUGAUAAAAUUCCUUGUGCAUACAAGGCCUGUGAGAAGUGUUGUGGAAUACCAUUCAUUCUGUCUUCAGAAGUGUUAGGAAGGACACUGCUUACUGAGUCCAAGAUUGUUAGAUUGCCUUUUAUUGGUAUUGCCAUAGUGCUUAGUGGUCCUACUCAUGGCCCCGGACCCCACUUGGCUGGGUGCUGUACAAACACAGAACAAAAAAUGGUCCCCGCCACAAAGAGCUUGCUAUCGAAGUAGAAGGCAGCAAAUGGGUACGGACAGAUUGAUGGGGGUACAAGGACACAGUGAGACAGUAAGUGACAGUAACCAAAGUAACAAUCUGUUCUAUAGCUGAUCUUUUAGUGGUCUCACAUGAGAUUUCCAGUGUACAGCAGGAAGAACACAAGCAGUAAAUCGUCUUUACACCAUUCCCAGACCUCUCCCUUUCUGAUUUCUACUUGGAAAGUGGGUUAGUUGGUUUUUUUUUAAGCACACAUGCCUGUUAGUGUCUAGCUCAGAUUAAAGUGUUUGGUGUUUUUUCCUAGUUCUUCAUACUACACCAUUUCAAGAUAAUGCCUAAUUAAUCAGAUACAAAACAAACAUUUUUAUCUGUUCAACUACAAUUUUGGCUUAUUUGUACAACGCAAAGACCCCACGUACAUAAGGUCUGCCAGUUUGUUGUACAGUAGAACCUCAGUUACAAAUACCUCGGAAAUUGAGGUUGUUCAUAACUCUUAAAUAUUCAUAACUCUGAACAAAACAUUGUGGUUUUGUCAAAUGUUUAGGGCUGAACAGUGACUUAAUCCAGCUUUGAUACAUUACUAUGCAGAAGAAAAAUGUUGCUUUCCCUUUAUUUUUUAGUCGUUUAUGUUUAACGUAGUACUGUAUUCUCUCCCGCCCCCAACCCCCCGCCCCCCCCGGCUGCUGCUUGAUUGUGUACUUCCGGUUCUAAGUGAGGUGUGUGGUUGACUGGCUGGUUCAUAACCCUGGUGUUUGUAACUCUGAGGUUCUACUGUACAUUUACGUUGCUUUUUACCUGACAGUUGUUUGCCAGAUAUUUCCUUUGGGAGAUCAGUAUUUUCAUUACUAAUACCUAAUAAAAUCUGCUGUGGAAGGGAGGCAUUGGCUACAGAAUGUCGUAUUCACAUCUUUAGAGGAACAAAGUGGUUUCCUGGCCAAAGUUGGGUGUGAGGCUUAAUCCAUCCACGUUAUUUACUGACAGUUGUAUAUCAGACUGUAUCUACUCAUUCAGCACCAGCCUCCUUUGCCUUGAUGCAGCAUGGGUCUUCACAGAUUUUUCGGUCUGGGAUGGUCUUCCUUUAUCACUCUCCUUUAGAGCUGCCUUAUCUGUUAUGAAUAGAAUCUAAAACAUCUCUUCUUCCUUGUGUGUCCUUUUUAUAAUUGCUGUAUCCUUCUGCUAUUUAGUUUUAGAAUUUAAUUAUUUCCAAUUCAUUGUUUUGAUAGCUUGGUUUAGCAACACUACAAAUAAUUGGAAUCUACACUAAAAGUGGAAGCCAAUAUUGUGAAUGUUAAUGGUAAUUAAUCAAAUUUAAAACCUCUGUAAUGUACUAACAUGAGAAGACUUGGAUGCGAAGUGCAUCUUUUGCUUGGCUAAUAUCUUUUUUCUAUUGUUUGGUUGUUUUGCUAUAUAUUUUCAAAAUCUUAAUAGAAAUGUGUUUUUUAAGAAGUAAUGAAACAACAUUGUUGAGGUGCAAGCUGGUAACAGAGAAUGGUAAGUAAGCAGUAAAAAGCCUUUCCCUAACAUUGUCUCAUCUUAAAUUCCCAGAACAGUGUGUGAAGUGUAUGGGAAGCAGCUGAAAUCAGGAUAAGAUCUAAAGAACAAUGCAAGGAGAGCUAGGAACACAUUUUUAGCUGUCUAGAGGGUGCAUGGUCUGGAGUAAUGAACACUGUUUGGAAUUAAGGACUUGGUCUACCACUGACCUGCUCUGUGGCCUUUGACAAGUCACUUCACUUCUGUGCCUCAGUUUCACCAUCUGUAGAAUGUGAAUAGUGCAUAUCCACUUAUCUCACAUGGAAAGCACUGUAUAGGUACCAAUUUUUUUUCCAGGCAGUUUGCGCACAUGUUCAAAUUAGGUAUCACUGCCUGCCUUGUGGUGAGAGAAUGCAGCUUUCUACCACUGAUAGGUGGUUAAGGACAGAUAAUUAAGUUCAUUGAAGUUUUAAGGUAGUGUUUGCUGUGAUUGCUGUGAAGGCUAAUGAAAAGUGACUCUGGCAAAUAUGUCAAGAUUCUCUAAUGUUUAUACAAGAUUUGCAUAGACUGCUCAUUUGUAGGGGACUUCCGUUUAAAUUUCUGAAUUGCUGCCCUCAUACCUAUGAAAGUGAUAGGUCUUGUUGAUACCCUGACUAUAUAAACGCUUGUUUAGAAGCUGAAAUGUUUCAUGAGGAAUAAUGAGCCAUAAGAAUUUGAGAGCAGGAAAAUAAGAUAUCAUUGAUACAAUCCCAUAUUUCUUGUAUUAGAUCUUGUAUUUUUAUUUGCUGUUCUAAAUCAAUCAUGAGAAUUCAGACUACAAAGGAAGAGAUUCAGGAGAAUAUUGUGGAUACCUUGAUGCAGGUUAAACAGAGUUGCUACAAGAAUUUUCAAGUUAAGAAUUAACUGCUAGAACAAUGUAUUCAAUCUAUAUUUUGGAAGAAAGGCCUUUUUGUCUUGGAAUACGUUGGUACUAUAAAAAGGGACAAAUGACAGCUAGUAAAAUGAUGCAAAAAUAGCAUUGUUUAGACUGCUGUCCUCUUCAAGGAACUCCUGUACCUGCUGAUCAGACAGUAUGUGAUCCAAGAAAUGAACUACAUGUGUAUCAAAAUAUCAGGUGGGUGUUGUAAGUGUAUUUUACAGUCUUCUCUUUUGUAGUUUUGUAGUGUAUUGAAAGCUAUGCAUGUGUAUUGUAUGUUUUUAUUGGUCCUUCUUGUAAUUGCCAGUUUCCUCUAAUAAACAUCUCUCUGAAGUCA